ACAAUUCAAUAAAAGGAAAAAAAUCGCGUAAAAGGCAAGACGACACGACGAAAAAAACACAAGAAAAUUCCUGCACAACAUCUAAACUCAUCCUAAAUCCACAAACACAGCAACUAACUAAUUAUUUAUUAAGAAACGACACUUAGCAGUUAAGGUUAACAAAAAAUAAAUAAAAAACGAAACAAGAAAAAAAAUGUCGAACGAACAAAAUAUCGAUACGAAUGCGAGUAGUAUGGAACAUUGCUUCGAGAAUCUCAUUCUGAUCGAUUGCGGCUCAAAUCUUGCGAACAAAAAGUAUGCGAGGGACUUGGAUCAAGUGCUGAAACGCGCAAAAGACGCUGGCGUUCAAAAGAUCAUCGUCCCGGGCAACAGCGUAAAAGCGAGCAAAGAAGCCCUUCGAUUGACCCGAAUUUAUCCCGGAGACAUUUAUGCGAGUGCCGGGAUUCAUCCGCACGACUCGAAAUCCAUUGCUGAGGAGCCCGAAAGUUGGGAAGACUUUGAAGUGAUUGCUGCGAAUCCAGAAGUUGUCGCAAUCGGUCCGUGCGGAUUAGAUUACCAAAGAGACUUUUCCGAUCCGGAAACGCAAAAGGAGGUGUUUGAGAAGCAAAUUAAGCUGGCAAUUAGUUUGCGAAAGCCUCUUCUCAUCCAUGAACGCGCUGCACAAAAUGACGUCGUCGAAAUACUCAAAAAAUAUUCGAAUAAUGUUAUGCAGAUUGUGAUCAGAGGAUUCAUUGGAACUGUCGAAGAGGCACUCAAAUACAUCGAUUUAGGAUAUUACAUCACUCUGAACGGAUAUUUGUGCAAGGAUAAAUCAGACGUCGGUGUUCGUAAACUCCUCGAAGAUGGUCGUCUUCCGCUGGAUCGGUUAAUUGUGGAAACCGAUUCGCCCUUCAUGUACCCGAAUACGCGUGCUUCCAAAUUGCCAAAUCACGUGAAAGCGGGUCUCACGGAGAAAUCCAUGAUUUUUCUGCAUCGUUAUUGCACGUUUCAGCGCAACGAGCCAUGUAGUCUUCCGGCAACGGUUGAGAUGAUUGCCGCUUUCAUGAAUAAGGGUGCCGAGGAUGUUGCACUCGCGACAUCUUUCAAUGCCCUCAAGCUGUUUGGCUUGUCGCAAUAAGCGAUGCACGAGGGAAAGAUGAAAUUUUUGUUGCCAUCCAUCACAAUUGUUGAGGUCUUGCCUUGUCUUGCGCGUCGCGUCGCGUGAGAAACUUCAGAAAUUCUAUGUGCCUUUAAAAAUUAUUUAAAAAAAAAUAUGUUAUUUAAAUGUAGUCGAGAUAAUUUCUAUUCUGUUUAUUCUUAAGAGAUAUCAAAUAUUUUUUGUAACACAAGUUGAAAAAAAAAAUGAAAAAGAGAUACAUAUAUGAACAAUGCGAAUUAUAUG